CUUUGCAAUUCCAACCUCUGUCCUUCACUCGUUUUCUGACCCGGGAUACUGACUGGAUCUAAACUGCCUUUCUGGGAAAUUCAGGCGCAACCCCGGUGAGUGUGAAACUCUCACUGGACAGACGCAUCGGCUAUAGGCUGCAAUAACUUAGACACAGAUUUCAACUCAUAAAGUUUUUUUUUUUUUUUUCCUAUGGCAGCUGACAAGGGCCAGUUCAUUAACCCGAUGGCUGAUACCAAAAUAUGCAUUUGUCCGGGUAGGGCUGAAAGCAGAAAAGUUUUCGUGUGAGAACCCGCCGGGGCUCAACAGGUGGCUCUCUGGGCACCGACUUGUCGUGUUGGAUGUGAGAGCCAUACAGGCUAUUUACGUUCAUUUACAGGUUCCAUGGAGUUUGAACAGGGCGAAAACAGAGCAGGAUUAAUGCAUGUGUUCCCGCUCUUUUGUAAUGAAAUCAGAGGAGCGGUGAUCAUUGCUGAUUAUCAUAUUGAUCAAUUAGUGUUAGACAAAUAUCCUGCCCUUAUCCGGUGCUGCAAACUGAGUUGCUCCCAGGCAGAAAACACGCAGCUAUCCACUUGUCUUCAUCUUGUUAUUCUUUGUGAACUGGGUUCUACUGAUUCGGAUUUAUAUAAGAAAUGGACAAAAAAGACAGCACAGAUUAAUGCCUUUUUCCAGCAUUUAAAGGACUGACUUUUUUUAACACAAAAGUCCACUGGUAAUUUUCCAUGAUGUGACUGGACCUAGAGGUGAAUAUCUCACCUACUAUGAUGGAAUCUGGUCUGUCUGCUUCCACAGACCCUCCUCAGCUCAACUCCAGCAGCUACGUCAAUAACAGCAACAACAGUGUGCUCCUCGAUGGUGACUCACUGAGGAGCAAUCACACGCUGACCCUCCAUGACCACUUACACAACGCCCUGCUGGGGAUCUUUCUGGGACUUCUUUCCCUCCUCACGGUCAUAAUGAACCUGCUUGUUCUCUACGCCGUGAAGAAAGAAAAGAGCCUCCACACUGUUGGGAACCUAUACAUUGUCAGCCUGUCUGUGGCAGAUCUCAUCGUGGGGGCCACAGUUAUGCCUCUUAACCUGGUAUAUUUGCUAGAGGAUGAGUGGAAGUUGGGACGGGCUGUAUGCCAAUUUUGGCUUAUAAUGGACUAUGUGGCUAGCACAGCCUCAAUUUUCAGCUUGUUUAUCCUUUGUUUGGAUCGGUACCGCUCUGUCAGACAGCCACUGAAGUACCUGAAAUAUCGAACGAGAGGAAAAGCCAGUGUGAUGAUUUCUGGAGCAUGGCUACUGUCCAUGAUGUGGAUUAUUCCAAUUUUAGGAUGGAGGUCUUUCACUCAUGUAGACCUUAAACCUGAGGAGGAGAACAAGUGUGACACUGACUUUCGCUUUGUCACGUGGUUUAAGGUCAUCACUGCCGUCUUCAACUUCUAUGUACCCUCUGUGUUGAUGCUGUGGUUUUACACACAUAUUUACUUGGCAGUAAGACAACAUCUCAGGGACAGAGAGAGAAUCAUUCAUCCGACCGAUUCAUUUGGGGAAAAUGAGAAUGGACAAAAUGUUCAAACACCCAUGAAAAGUGACUCCAAAUCACCCAGAAGGGAAUGUGAGGUUCCACUGAAAAUAUCUAAAAAACAACGCUUGCUGGAUCAAAAUACUCUAGACCAGGGAGCAUCCCUGGAGGAUGCUGAUAAAACUAAAACUGCUCCAUCCAGAUCUCACAGAAAAAUUGGUGUGAAGUGCCAGCAGACGUCAUGUCUUGCCAUCACAACAAAACGACUAAGACUGGCGCAAAAGGUUAAAAGGUGUUCUUUGUCUCCUGAGGAGAAGCCACAGGAUGUAAUUUGUUGUGAGGGGAAUAAUGAGAACAAAACACAGGCGUCUUUAAAUGAAUGUCACGUCACAGUGCCGAACUCAGUGAGCGGCGUCUGUGAUAUCAAUCAGGUUUCAGACAUGCAGAGAUACACGUCUGCACUCUACAACAACUAUGACCCCAGCCAUGCUUUGCCCUGGACUGAGGAAGGGGUUGAAGAUGCCAAAUUGGACCCGGCUAAUGCAGUGACCCUGAGACAGACUUGGCAAAGGUUUAUCGACCACUCACGUCAUCGUAUCCAAAGCCUGAGGAUUCGUAAAGAGCACAAAGCAGCCAAGCAGUUGGGCUUCAUAAUAGCUGCUUUCUUACUGUGUUGGAUACCAUAUUUUAUAGUUUUCAUGGUCAUGGCGUUCUGCAGAGAGUGCGUGCACCAUGACCUUCACAUGUUUACCAUAUGGCUAGGUUACAUCAACUCCACUCUCAAUCCUUUUAUAUACCCGCUUUGCAAUGGAAACUUUAAACGAGUAUUUAAAAAUAUUCUGAAUAUUGGUUUGUGACAGGCAGAGCAAGGAAGCAGAACAAAGUCAUAAUUGUUUAUAUGCUGCAUAUAGUCGCAGAUAAGGACAGGGCAACUGUUGCAUCAACUAAAUGUCUUAAACACAUUUGCACGGGCGAGCUUUUUAAGUGUAGAUAAAUACUGUAACUGUAUUUUGAGUGUCUGCUAUUUAUGUUCGUUCUAGAUCUUAUUUUUGUAACUGACUGCCCUUUGAUUCAGACUCAGCGACAGAUGAGGAUAAUAUCUGAAUUUAAUGUUAUUUAUUUUGUCUGUGUUAUGGUAAUGAUAAUAGUGAGUCUAGGACCAGAGACCUUUAAACUCAAAGGAAUUUGAUCUCUCACCCUCAAAAACAGAAGCAUGAAUCCAGCGUCUUGGCUCUAGUUCAGAAGAGAAAAACUGUGUCCUAAAUGUGUUUUCAAAGAAAACCUUUUCAUGUAUUUAUUUUUGUGCACUAUCAAAGGGCAAAGAAAUGUGACAUGGUAUAACAUGAUCAUGAACAUGAAAUAUUUAACAUUCACAAGCACUGCCAUGCACUUGAGAGACUUUGUCACAUUGUUUUCUCUUCAUUAAAACAGAAGAUAGGACAAUAGGUGUCCUUUCUAGUGUCAGUACAGGAAAAACACAAAUCUUGCCAAGUAUCUUCUGAGUUCUUACCCAAGGGAAGGCUGGACUGAGAACUGGUCAGCCGGUCUCCUGUUUCACUCUUCUUUUGGGUUUUUUUUUUUUUAACAGGCAGGUUUCCGAUGAAUUCAUCAUGUUUGCCUUAACAAUGAUAAUUUAUAGAAAUUUUCUAGUCUUGUUUUCACCUGCCUUGUCACUUUGUCUCUUUGUUAUCAUCAAGUAGAACUGAUGAGGGUAUCAACAAAGACAUAAUGUGAAGAAAAACUUGACAGAACAGAACUACAUGCAUAUAAAUGUGUAUACUCGAGCACUUGAUUAAAAAUUAGCUGUUUGUCUGAACAUUUUCACACAUUUUCAUACUGUCAAAAAAAAGCAGGGAAGUGCCUGUAUGGCAACCACUGAAACCUUUCUCUCAAACUACAGAAGGAUCUUGUUUUAUUAAAAUAAAACAGCCUUUUUACACUCAUUUAUUCUAUGAUGUGCUGUAGCACUUCUUUUCAUGAGCCAAAGAGCACCAAAUAUUUUUCCACAAUACUGCUGAAAAGUAACCAUAAUUUUGAAACUCACAUCAGGCACCAUUAUGUCUCCCAUCACAAAAGGGUAUGCCUGCAAACAGGGGGGGAGUUAACUGGUGUUACAGUUAACAUUUUACUGUUAAUAUGAAAUGAAUUCAGUUGAUGUGUUCAAACAAAACAGUUUGUCAUGUCCAAUAAAUUACAUUAUUCUCAUAUAAGAGGCUUAUGACUGUUUUGCCAAUAUGAAUAUUUGGAUGAUAAUAAGAUAAGAUGAACUUUAUUGAUCCCGCAGUGGGGAAAUUCACUAAUAAUAAUGUAAAUGUCAGACAGUAAUAAUGUCUGAAAUUGGGUUGUAUGAUAUGGUUGAUCGCCUCAGAUCAAGAAAUCCAAAAUGCUUCCUGUGUCCAAUGAACGCAGACGGGUUGGUGAGUCACUGCUUAGUCAAAUCAAACAAAUCAGAGGGAGUUGGAAAUGAGCUGGAAGAGGUGAUGAUGUGAGCAGAAGAAGCAUGUGUGUGUGUGAUUGCUCUCUCAUUUCCAUAGCACAUUUCUUUCAACAAGAUGGACCCAGUGUGAGGUUGGUAUUGAGGGAAUAAAAAUAUGUUUUAGCUUUUCUUUUUAAAUGCUCUUUUUGAAUUUGUUCACAAAUCAAAGCUGUCAAGUUCUGCAAGUAGAUAAAAAUAGCUCCUGCCAUUAAGAUACCUACUGAUUUCUUUAUGUUAAUGAAAAUGAAAUUUACAUUUCUGCAACAGUGUUUUUUUACACAAUCAGUUCUGACUGAUGUCUAGUUUCAUUUAAUUCCUGUAGAGUUUUAUUACUGACAGGGAGCAGAGAGCACAAAAGUAUUCGUCUAGUAUUUCAUUUAAUAAUGACAUUUUUGAUAAUUCUCCUUGUUAUGACCACCAGGACAUAUAGGAGUAAAAAAAACAAUUGUUUUACUUCAGUCACAUUUAAAUUUGCAUACAGAAAAAUAUUACUAUAAUUAGAUGCAUGGUAUGCAUUUAUUUAUAUUUCCAUAGCUACACCAUAGUUAGACGAAAGCCUUGUUGCACACGAGUUGAUGUUCCACACUGCCAAAGGAUUACUGGUGCCUGUGUGUGUGAACUGUGUUAUGGAGAUACUGUAUCUUUACAGUGAGCUAGCAUCUCCUAGAGACAAACAUUUAAAGAGACAGUUCACCCCAAUCCCAGUUCACCCACCCUAGAUUGUUUGGUGUGAGUUGCUGAAUUUUGAAUUUUUUUUUCAGUCAUACAUAUGCCUUUUUCUAAUAUAACUGAAUAAGAUGGUAUUUUGCUUCUGGUGCUUAAAAUGCCACAAAAGAAAAACAAUAAAAGUUUGAAGAACCCAACAGCAAAAUUGUUUUCCAGAAAUCCUGACUUGAUUACUUGAUGUGAGCAGUGUCAUGUAUUGAUGUAAUGUGUAUGUAAUCAUGUAACUAUUUUCUUUCUAAUGGCGUCCUCCUCGGUUGAGUUGUAACAUUACUUAUUUAAUUUAGUUCACUUAGCUAGCUAGCCUCUUAUCCAUGUGUAGAUACAUGCUUCCUGUGUAACUGAAAGGGUAAAAAGAAAGAAAAUAUUUCUGUUCUGUGGAUUAUCUUCAGUAACUGGGUCAUUCAUUCCUAUUGAGGGCCACAAGCUGAGUGCCACCUAGUUUCAUUACAUUUGUGAGAAGGGGGACAUCUGUACAAACAAUAUCACUAAACUCAGCAACUCACACCAAAAUGAUCCAUAUAGAUAAAAAAUACUUGCUUGUGUUUUUGAUUUAGAGGUGCAUUGCAUUUAUUCUGCCAAGUCCAAAUGCUAUGUUAAUGAAAGUGGAAAAACUUGUACAUCUGCCCAUUUGGAUCUGCUCCAAAAUACAAUGGGUUCUCCCUUGGCCCAUGUUACCCCCACCCAACAAGUCUGGUGA